AUGUCGAGUGCAAACGGCAGCAAGUCGGCUCCGCGCCCGCCGUCCUCCGGCUCCGCAGCUCCAACCAACUACACGCUCCCACCACAUCCAUCCACCACCAACUCCCAACGCCAGCAGAGUCCUGCCUCGCAUGCCGCAGCCUCUACACUCGCUGCCCUCGCCUCCAGCCCACCCGCCAGCUCGAGCACUUCGAGCUACCGACCUUCCAAUGCGUCCGGCGGCGCAGCUUCCUCGUCCUCCAACCAGCGCUCCGCCUCCUCGUCCAUACUCAACCAGAGCCUCUACUCGAACUCGGCGUCUUCUGCAUCCAAGUCGUCAGCGGCCACAGCGGGUCGCUCGCCCUCGGGCUCGCCGUUAAAGAAGGAGGUCGACCUCUCGACAAAACAGCAGACUGCCUCGCCCGCCACCGCGCACAGCAAGACCGCAUCACCGGCGCUCAGCAGGUCCGACUCCGCCGGAGCAGCAAGCAGCGCCAGUGCAGCCAAAGAGUCCGCCGCGAGCAAACGAAAGAAGGCGAAUCGAGCCUGUCUUCACUGCCAAAAGGCUCAUCUCACUUGCGACGACUCGAGGCCGUGCCAACGCUGCGUCAAGAAGGGCUUGGCCGAGUCGUGCAUGGAUGGGCACCGCAAGAAGGCCAAGUACCUGCUGGACGACGAUGAGCUCGAGGAGCUCAAGCGACAAAAGGAGGCCAAGAAGGCCGCCAAGCAGGCACAGCAGCAGCAACGAAACGCCGCGGGCGCGCGACCGAAUCAACCCAAACAAGAACCAGCUCAGCAACCCGCUGCUGCUCCACCUUCCGAAAAGGCAUCGGCUGUCAGCAGCAUCCUCGACCAGGUCACCGUCGGCAGCGUCCCAACACCGAGCUCGUCCGGGCACGGUCCGUCGCCGCACCAGCACGACUACCUCUCCAGCAACACGCUCGACUCGUCCACUGGCGAUGCGCCGCCUUCAGGCAGUGCCGGGCUCCCGCUCGACCUCUCCUUCGACCCGUCGACGCACAACUUUGGCAGCGAAGCUACCAGCCUCGAGUACUCGAUCCUCUCGUCCAUGCUCAACGGCACCGACCUGCACCUGCUCGGCCCGUCGGGCGCCAGUCCGGACUUGCAGACCUCGCCCGCCGUCGGCGUCAUGGAUGGCUGGAACAUUGCGAGUGGCGGCCUCGACGCCAUCCUCAACACCGUCGCUGGCGACGUGGGCCAGGCGCCCGGCGCAGGAGGGCUCGACACCGCCGCGGCCACCUACAGCGACUCUGCCGGCAUGGGUGCCUACGCCGAGGCCCAGCAGCCGGUCAUGGGUCUGCAGGAGGUGGGCGGAGAUGGCUUCAACGCACUCGAGGUGCCGAGUCCCAAGCCGAUGAUGCUCGACGAGCCGGCCGGGCUCAACGAUGCGCAGGCACAGCAGGCAGGCAGCGACACCAACGCGGGCGCGUCGACGCAGGUGGACCUCGGCUCGUCCUCGCAGCGGUCGACGUCGAACGAGCCGGUGGCGGACAUCAACAAGGCGAUCGCGUCGCGGCGCGUGGCGCGGCAGCAGCAGGACACCAUCUGGCGCGCGCGCAUUGCCAAGACGUACCGCGACAACACGGCGCCAUUCCCGUAUCCGGAAGGCUACCAUUUCCUCAUCAAGUACGUCACGUCCAAGUUCGAGAAGCAGGACGUGCUGCGCAUCGUGCGUGCACUGGCGAUCUUUCGGCCGUCGCUGAUUGCGCUGCAGAUGCCGCUGACGGAGGAGGACGAGAUUUUUGUCGAGCGUUCCUUCCAGCGCACCAUGCUCGAGUUCGAGAAGCUCAUCUCGUUCAGUGGCACGCCCACGGUGGUGUGGCGCCGCACGUGCGAGAUCUGCGUCGUGGGCGCCGAGUUCUGCAUGCUCACACAGUGGAGCAAGGACCAGCUGAUGGGCAGGAGGAUCUUUGAGUUUAUGGACAAGAACUCUACGCUCGACUACUGGGAGAAGUUCGCUCUGCAUGCGUUUGAGAAUACCACGCAGAGCGUCAUGACUACGUGCACGCUCGUCAAGCCCGACGGAAAGCUCGUGCCCUGCGCUUGGAGCUUUACCAUCAAGCGCGACAUCUUUGACCUCCCGAGUCUGGUCGUUGGAAACGUAAGUACGGUGCUGCGAACGAAGCCGAGCUAG